AUAAAUUGAAUUACUAGACUACUCUGCACUUUGUCAUACUUGGAUGCAUACUUUAGACCAAAACCAGCCUUCCAUUCAACUAUCAUAGAUCUCCCAGUUGCUUCUAGGGGAAAUGAAAAAAAAAAUUCACAAGUCAUGAGUGAGUGAAUAAAUGGUUUUGAAAUACAUGCUUUUUAGCUUUGCUUUUUUUGCUUUGUUUUGGGUGGGUUUUUUGUGUUUUUUGUUUGUUUUGGGGUUGGCUGGGUUUUUUUGGUUGUAUUCCUGAGCCACACAGAACAUAUGAAUGCAGAGUCUGUCAUUGAAGGUUUUAUUUCUGCUUAGAGUCUGAGCUGCAGGGGCAGAAGACUAAGAUGAGCUCUGCUCUGGCCAAGCUUUUAGCCCUUUCCUUUCACAGUCUACCACAUCUACAGUGGUUUGGCUGAUGAAGGGUUUCAGGGGGAACUAGCCAUAAGGUAGUAUGUUUCCUGGUAUAGGCUAAAGCAAGAUUGUUUCAUUAUUGUUGUCCCAUGGGGCCUUUCUACACUUUGUGAAUAAGGAAUGAAUAGUCUCUCGUGCCAAGCUGAUCAUUUACACCAGAGCUCCAUGUAUGUAAAAUUAAAUUGUUUAGAGAACUGUUUCCAUUAGCAUUGAUCUCUUGGGUAUAUAGGCCAUGCUCCACUUUUUUCUUGUCACUUGUGCAACCAUUUGGAAUACUUUAAAUUAAAGAUCAGGUCUUGAAAUUGAAUCCAUAGACCUGUGACAUACCUGAUGAUGAGAAUAAAAAUCUUGACAAUGGGGAGCAUGAGUAUAAAGUCAGGCAAGAAUUUGUUCGUUGAGAUUGGGAAGUUGUACAUAGAAGUGGAGUAAGAUUGAUUUAAUAAGAUGGAAUGAGUAUACCAGUAAGGGCUUUUACAAGUAGAACGGGAUGAUUCUGAUUGUGUAAAGAAAGCAUAUUACUUAAAUGAGUUUAAUGUCUCCUGUAAUACUUGCAGCAAUGGUUACAACUGAAGACUGAUCUAACAAAUACCGUUAGUUUUUGGAAAAAAUGAGGAAGACCCAAAUAUAGAAAUCAAUACUUGAGAAAUGUAACCAGCUAAAAACACAUUAGGGUUGUUUUUCUCUAAGCCAGAGUCCUCUGGCCUCUAGAGAGAGGUGUGCUGAGAAAAUAUCUUUGCUGAACCCAUUCUCUAUGCUUUUACAAAAGCAUAAAGCAUAUUUAUUGCAAUACAUAAAGUGCCUUUGACAUUUAGGAUCAAAUCUGUUUGGACUGAGUGCACAGAAGCGAAAAACCACAUUAGGAGCUCCAUUUUCAUAUUUCCAGUGUAAUUUAAAUAAUUCACUUCCCUUUCAGGGUUGGGAUUUUGGGGGGAUUUUUUUUUUGGUUUGUGGGGGGGCUGCAUUUUGAGUAUUGUUUGUUUGGUUUUUUGCUGAUGACGUCGGCAUGUCUAAAUAUUUGUCUUUACUUGUUCAGAGCUGUGCAAGGAGCAAUUACCUCCAGUUGACUCAUCAGAAUUCGUUGCAUCUUGAGUGUUGUUGAAGUCAGCAAGCUGUGCAGGUGGAACAGAUGCACAUGGCUGCAACCAGAGUAUCUAUGUUCAAGUUUCCCUUGGGCUAAUAAACUGUAAGAUAGCUGGCUGCAAAAAUUGAGCACUGGAUUGAUACUGCCCUUUGCAGUCGGAUGGAGACUUUGGAGGAAAAGAGCAGUCUCCUUGGUUUGCAGACAGACAACAUGGAACAACCAUUCACUGUCAGCUCGUUGAAAAAGCUAGUAGCUAUUCCUGACCAUACAGACAUCUCUGUGACCCCAGAAGAGAGAGUACGUGCGUUAAGCAAACUUGGCAGCAAUAUCACAAUCAAUGAAGACAUCACUCCACGCCGUUACUUUAGAUCUGGAGUAGAGAUGGAGCGGAUGGCAUCAAUAUAUAUGGAGGAGGGAAACCUGGAGAAUGCUUUUGUUUUUUAUAAUAAGUUCAUAACGUUGUUUGUAGAAAAGCUGCCCAAUCACCGAGACUAUCAGCAAUGUGCAGUACCAGAAAAACAAGAUAUUAUUAAGAAACUGAAGGAGGUUGCAUUUCCACGGACGGAUGAAUUGAAGAGAGAUCUUUUAAAAAAAUAUAACUUAGAAUAUCAAGAAUACAUGCAAAACAAAAACAAAUGUAAAACCGAAUUUCUGAAGAAACUAGAGCAUCAGCAGCUAAUAGAGGCAGAGAAGAAACGAAUUGCGCAUAUGCGGCAACAGCAGCUUGAAUCAGAACAGUUUCAAUUCUUUGAGGAUCAACUUAAGAAGCAAGACCUAGCUAGAGAUCAGAAAAUCAAAGAAAGCAUGGUUAUGUCUGAACAGAUAGAUGGAAGUAUGCUGUCUUGUAUUUCUGUACCAGAGAACAGUUCCUUAUCUACUACGCUGCUUGAGAAAAAAGAGAGGAGCAGCACAUCUGGCUGUGUUGGACACUCGCCUCCAGUAACCCGGGUCUUAAAGCCAGCAGCUACUUUAAGUGCUGUUCAGACUCAAUUGGCUGAAGCACUCAGAGGCGUCAUUUUGCCCAGGGAUCUCUGUCACAAAUUUCUGCUGCUAGCAGAGGCAAAUACAGUAAGAGGAAUAGAGACAUGUGGAAUUCUCUGUGGAAAACUGACACAUAAUGAAUUUACUAUUACCCAUGUAAUAGUGCCAAAGCAAUCUGCAGGACCAGACUACUGUGACAUGGAGAAUGUGGAAGAAUUAUUUUGUAUUCAGGAUCAGUAUGAUCUCCUCACUUUGGGUUGGAUCCAUACACAUCCAACACAAACUGCAUUCUUAUCCAGUGUUGAUCUUCAUACUCAUUGUUCUUACCAGCUAAUGUUGCCAGAGGCCAUUGCAAUUGUUUGUUCACCAAAGCAUAAUGACACUGGCAUCUUCCGACUUACAAAUGCUGGAAUGCUAGAAGUUUCUGCUUGUAAAAAGAAGGGAUUCCAUCCACAUACAAAGGACCCUAGGUUAUUUAAUCCAUGUAGCCAUGUGGUUGGAAAAGACAUAAAGAUAAUUGUGCUGGAUCUGAGGUGAUACAGAUGGACGAUAACGAUGUUAACACAAAUGGCCAAAACAGAAAAAUGGAUUCCUGUUUUUCCUAUGUUUUCAGAAAUGACUUUUAUAUUUAUACAUUUUAGAUUGAAUGGUUUGAUAUUUAUUGCUCUAGACUGUUUUGGAGUUAUUUCAUGGCUCUGUCAAGAUGGAGUUCAGUGGCAUUACCCCUGAAUCUGUCAAAUCUCACCUGUAAAAUGCAACAAUAAAAUGAACUUCAAACAACA